AUGGGCGAGCCGGGCCGGCUGUGCUCGGGCUACUACAGCCUCAACCACAGCUUCGUGGAGUCCUUCCAGUGUCCCCGGCGCGGCGACGGCGCCGCGCUGCUCUACUGCUGCGGCUUCGCCGACCUCAAGUACUGCUGCAGCGAGCCGGGCAGCUACUUUCCCUACAAGCACAGCUACAUGUGGAGCCUCAGCGUCGGUGCUCUGAUCGGACUGGGAAUUGCUGCCCUUGUUUUACUUGCCUUUGUCAUCAGCGUCUGUGUCCUUUGCUAUUUAUUUCUCUAUACAAAACCUCAAAGACUAGACACGGGCCUUAAACUUCAACACCUGGAGGCUCCUACUCUAGAAGGCAACUUAAAUAGAAAAACCAAAGGCCUCAUUUCGAAUAUAACAUCAAAUUCGACAGAUGAAGUAUCUUAUGAAGCUGAUGAUAUCAUUCAAGAAAAGACAAUGGAUGCACCACAAGUCAAUAUUACCUACUAAAAACCCCAUGUUCCAAAAGCUUGCUGGAGAGAUGGGACAGUAAGAAUAAAGAAUGCAUUUCAAACCAUAA